UUGCGCGCGAGCCGGGCGGUGGGCGCGGGCAGGGCCGAGGGCGCCCGGGAGCCGUGUCAGGCGGCGGCGAGGAGCGAGCGCGCCGGGCGCAGGGAGCCGUCGGCGGCCGCUCGCUGCGGGGACGCCCCGGUGGAUGUGCUCUCGCCGCCGGGCGCACGGCUUAGGAGAGCCGCGGCGGCGGCGGCGGCGCGGGGGGCGAGGCGGGCCGCCCGUUCCCGGGGAAGGAGGCGCGGGCGUCUGAGCGAGGCCGGGCGCGGCGGCCUUCCCCAGUGCGCCCCCCGAGCCAGCGCCCGCGGCCGCCUCCCGCGUCCGCCUCGCUCCUCCCGGCGGCUCGAGCCGCCAGCUCCCGCCGCACCCCCGGCCCACCUAGUGGCCCCGGCCCUGGCCGCGGCCCCCGCGGCGGUUCGCCGAGCUCAUCCCGGACGCGCGCCCGGGCGGCGGGGGCUCGGCGGCCACCGCUGCCUCGGGGGAGCGAGGGCGGGAGGGUGUGUGUGCGCGCGUGUGAGCAGGGGGUGCCGGCGGGGCUGCAGCGGAGGCACUUUGGAAGAAUGACUCUGGAGUCCAUCAUGGCGUGCUGCCUGAGCGAGGAGGCUAAGGAAGCCCGGCGGAUCAACGACGAGAUUGAGCGGCAGCUCCGCAGGGACAAGCGGGACGCCCGCCGGGAGCUCAAGCUGCUGCUGCUCGGGACAGGAGAGAGUGGCAAGAGUACGUUUAUCAAGCAGAUGAGAAUCAUCCACGGGUCGGGCUACUCUGAUGAAGACAAAAGGGGCUUCACCAAGCUGGUGUAUCAGAACAUCUUCACGGCCAUGCAGGCUAUGAUCAGAGCCAUGGACACGCUCAAGAUCCCCUACAAGUACGAGCACAAUAAGGCUCACGCACAAUUAGUUCGAGAAGUUGAUGUGGAGAAGGUGUCUGCUUUUGAGAAUCCGUAUGUAGAUGCAAUAAAGAGUUUAUGGAACGAUCCUGGAAUCCAGGAAUGCUAUGACAGACGACGGGAAUAUCAGUUAUCUGACUCUACCAAAUACUAUCUUAAUGACUUGGACCGCGUUGCCGACCCUGCCUACCUGCCUACGCAGCAAGAUGUGCUCAGAGUUCGAGUCCCCACCACAGGGAUCAUCGAAUACCCCUUUGACUUACAAAGUGUCAUUUUCAGAAUGGUCGAUGUAGGGGGCCAAAGGUCAGAGAGAAGAAAAUGGAUACACUGCUUUGAAAAUGUCACCUCUAUCAUGUUUCUAGUAGCGCUUAGUGAAUAUGAUCAAGUUCUCGUGGAGUCAGACAAUGAGAACCGAAUGGAGGAAAGCAAAGCACUCUUUAGAACAAUUAUCACGUAUCCCUGGUUCCAGAACUCCUCAGUUAUUCUGUUCUUAAACAAGAAAGACCUUCUAGAGGAGAAAAUUAUGUAUUCCCACCUAGUUGACUACUUCCCAGAAUAUGAUGGACCCCAGCGAGAUGCCCAGGCAGCUCGAGAAUUCAUCCUGAAGAUGUUCGUGGACCUGAAUCCAGACAGUGACAAAAUUAUCUACUCCCAUUUCACAUGCGCCACAGACACCGAGAACAUCCGCUUUGUCUUUGCCGCCGUCAAAGACACCAUCCUCCAAUUGAACCUGAAGGAGUACAAUCUGGUCUAAUUGUGCCUCCUUGACACCGCCCUUCCCUUCCCUGGUGGGCUAUUGAAGCUAUACAAGAGGGACUGUAUUUCUGUGGAAAACAAUUUGCAUAAUACUAAUUUAUUGCCGUCCUGGACUCUGUGUGAGCGUGUCCACAGAGUUUGUAGUAAAUAUUAUGAUUUUAUUUAAACUAUUCAGAGGAAAAACAGGAUGCUGAAGUACAGUCCCAGCACAUUUCCUCUCUUUUUUUUAGGCAAAACCUUGUGACUCAAUGUAUUUUAAAUUCUCAGUCAUACACUCACAAAGAGCUGUUUCUUCCUCUCUCUCUCUCUCUCUCCCCUCUUCUUUUCUAUUGAGCAAAAUGAAGCUGAUUUUCUUUUUCCUAACCCAUCCCUUCCUCCUGAUUUUUCCCACAUUAC